AUGGCCCCUCCUACUCCCACCUCUAACCCUUUCGCCGCCAUGAGGAACUUUGGUGGUAUGGUGUCGUCUGCUCUUUCCUUCGGCGACAGAUCUCGCCAAGUCUCCUCCCUCGGCCUCGGCACCCUCUCUUUGGGGGAGCCGUCUGGCGAUGUCCCGCCUCCUCGCUCCGCUUCUCCUCCCGCCGGUCCUCCCGCUGGUUCUCCCUCUGCUUCUCCUCCUCCUGGUUCUCGCUCUGCUUCCCCUCCUGCCGGUUCUCGCUCUGCUUCCCCUCCUGCCGGUUCUCGCUCCGCUUCUCCUCCUGCUGGUUCCCGCUCGGCUUCUCCUCCUGCCGCCACCCCUCGCCGCAUGACGCCCGCCUUUCGUCGUGGAGAAUCCCCGUCCUCCUCCGACCAGGAGCCGCUCAGUGGUUCAGAGUCGGACGAUCAGUCAGACUCCGAAGGAAAUGGGGGUGAUGAUGAUGAUGAGGAUGAUAGAAUCGUGUCGGAGGGUGAGACCGAGUUAGAGGAACACUCGGAUGAUGAUAUGGUGGCGGUUAGUGUAGAGGACAACGAUGGUGAUAGUCCCGAGUUCGUUCGCGUUUCCCCCCCUGCCCAAAUCGUGGGCCAGAAACGACCUCGUGCCCUCUCCUCCUCUUCCUCUUCUUCUUCUUCUUCUUCUUCUUCCGGGGUUCUCCCCCCCGCCAACGCCAUCGCCGCCGCUGCCUCUGCUGCUGCUCGCCGCCCUGUUGCCGCUGCUCGUCCCGCCGUCGUUCCCCGUCCCGCUGUCGCCGCCGCCGCCGCCGCUGCUGCUCCCCCCUCUUCUCCCCGAGGGGAGCCUUCGCCCAAACGGGCGAAGAGGUCAUUGCAUGAAGAAGAGUAUUUGUGGAAGAAGUUGGAGUCUGAGCCUGGUCGUUGGGUUGCGGUUGGUGUCGAUGAGGCGUGCGAUCGUUGCAGACGUGAGAUCAUCACGUAUAAUCGUCCGAACUGGCCCUGCCUCAAGGCAGUCCGGCCACACAACAAGGCCCUCCGUUGUGCUUCAUGCACAUCUGGUCCCUGCUCCUUCUGUCCCGUCUCCUCUGCUCGGGACAUCCCCCCCCGUCCCUCCGACUCUUCGCCUUUCCCCCCUCCUCAGACUCCAGCGUCUGUCCCCCGGUCGCGGGUACCUCCUUCGUCUCUCCGGUCGGUUCGUCGUACUUCGCCGGACCUCCGCCCGUCGCCUCCGUCGCCGUCGCCCUUCGCUCCUGUGGCCGGCCCAUCACGUCUCCCGGCUGUUCCUCCUUCGUCUUCUCGCCGUCCUUCGGCCUCUCGUCCUUCGGCGCCACGUCCGUCCUCUCCAGUGGUAGCUUCUCCUCCGGCUCACAGCACCCGAAGUCGGCGUCCUUCUGUUCCUCCGGCCACUUCGGCGGCCCCUCCCGUCACCCCUCCCUCUGCUUCCCAGAAGACACCGAAGUCUUCUUUAAAGAAAUCAAAAGGGAAAUCUAAAGAGAAGGAGGUUGCCUUCAAUGAUGGUGAUGUGGAAGGUGAAGAUACUCAGCGUGCUGGUCCCUCUGCUCCCCGGUUGUCCCUCGUCCACCCUCGUAUCUCCCUGGACGUCCGUAUUCCUGAGGACGAAAAGGAAUUCGCCACUUAUCGUUCUCUCGUCCUCGGUCUCACUACUCAGCUCGAGGCCGCCCGAAAUGAUACAUCUCUCCUGCUUGACUUCUCUUCUCGUCAAGCUAACGCUUUAAACAAUCUCACUGCGGCGUUAGUAGAUGUAGUCAACACUGGGGCUCUGGACGACGGAGCAAGGACGAGCCGAUGUUCGCCGAAGACUGUUCGACACCCCCUUCCUAGUCACUCCUAUGGCGUAUGA